AUUGCAGAGAGACAAGGGCGGGUGGGAGCAGUAUUGUGUGUGUGUGUGUGUGUGUGAGAGUGUGAGUGGGACAUGGAAAAGGAACUUGUGUGUGUUUUGAGAGAGAGAGAGAAAUUGGGGCGGUUCUGUUAUGCAAGCAGUUUUCAGUAUGCAUGUAGAUUGGAAGAUGUGUGGCUCCUGUGGUUGGCUGUCCCCUGUGUCACUGCCUUUAAAAACAGUUGCCAAGAGAAAUGUCUUCUUUACAGUCUUUGGCUGCCAGAUGCUGGGGAUAAUGGAUAGGACUGCAAAAGGAAAGAUGGAGAGGUUGUGUCAGGUUGGUAGAUGAUGAAGUGAUGGAGAUGUUAGGAGGCCACGGCCAUUGUGAUGCUGGGUGGCUGUUACUCUGGAACUGCCAUCUGCCAAAAAGGGUGCUGUGUAAUGAUAUCCUCAGCCUGAAGGUGGCAGGAGAUCCAGUGCUAACCCCUAACUCAGUGUGCCUCAGGCUUGCAGGCCUCAGUAAACGUCAGAUACGGAUGUGUGUACGGAGCCCAGAUGUGACGGCCUCCGCUUUGCAGGGCAUCCAGGUGGCCAUCCAUGAAUGCCAGCACCAGCUCCGGGACCAGCGCUGGAACUGCUCCUCACUGGAGGGUCUUGGCAAGCUUCCCCACCACAAUACCAUCCUCAACAGGGGCUUUCGAGAGAGUGCCUUCUCCCUGGCCUUGUUGGCAGCGGGUGUGGCUCACUCUGUGGCCUCAGCCUGCAGCAUGGGUAAGCUGCGGGGGUGUGGCUGUGAGGCCAAGCGUCGCCAGGACGAUGACAAGAUCCGGCUGAAACUCACACAGCUGCAGCUGCAGACCCUGCAGAAGGGCGGGGUAGGCCUCGGCAUGACACGGUCAUUACCCUCAGAGCUAAACGGUCACCAUGGUGACCUGCCCGCUAACCUGCUUUCGACUCACCCCUCCACCCUGCUCAAGCCUUUACCAGAUGAGCUGAGCUCGAUGCAAGAAACCUGGGAGUGGGGGGGCUGCAGUCAUGACAUCCGUUUUGGGGACCGUUUUUCCAGGGACUGGCUCGACUCCCGUGGAUCUCCAAGAGACAUCCACGCUCGGAUGAGGAUCCAUAACAACCGAGUGGGAAGACAAAUAGUGACGGACAACAUGAAGAGGAAGUGCAAAUGUCACGGCACAUCAGGGAGCUGUCAGUUUAAGACCUGCUGGCAUGUAUCUCCAGAGUUUCGCACUGUGGGUUCUCUACUCAAGGAAAAGUUUCAGUCAGCCAUUUUUGUGAACUCCCAGAACAAGAACAAUGGGGUUUUCAACCCACGGACAGGAAAUGGCGCCAGCAGGAGCACAGGGGGGCUCAAUGGAGGUCGCCGUCGAAGCAUGUCAAGAGAGCUGGUUUACUUUGAGAAGUCUCCUGAUUUCUGUGAGCGUGAUGCGUCCAUAGAAUCUCCGGGUACACAAGGACGCAUCUGCAACAAGACCAGCUACAGCACAGACAGCUGCAGCUCACUGUGCUGCGGCCGUGGCCACAACAUCCUGAAACAGACACGCAGCGAGCGCUGCAAUUGUAGAUUCCACUGGUGUUGCUACGUGCUGUGUGAGGAGUGCCGGCUCACAGAGUGGGUCAAUGUGUGCAAGUAGAUUGUAGUUCAUGAACUACCAGCUGCCUUUCCUGUCCAGGACUCAAGAUGGCGAGCCUGCCCCUUCGCCCACUCCCGUUGGUUUGUUUUGUUCCUUGUGUAACGCUCCCAGAGAAUCUGUUUAUCCCCUCUUUCCUUUUGUUGGUCCAUCAUCUGGGAUCUAUUUUCUCUUUGUAGCCGCUGUUAUUCUCGAAAUGCCAAGUCAGAGAUUGAAGAGGUGACUCAUGUCAUUUGUCUUGCCGUGGUCUGUUUAGACACUGCCCUCUCAGCCAUGAAAAUGGCCCAUACCCCAUCUUUUCUAUCCCACCAAGCAAAGACGAGCAAAGAGGCAUUUCAGUUUCACUGUCUACAUGCUGACUCAUGUCAUUGUACAGUAGCUGUGUAGUUUAAUGUGUACAUGUACAUUUGUAAAUGUGUUAUUAUUAAUGUUAUUAUUAUGAUGGAACCUGUCUUUAAAAUUUGUUAAUGUCACAUUAGUGCUGCCCAGCGAACUAGUGCUUUUUGACAACCAAGUCUCAUUGCAUUUUAAACCUAAAUUUUACUCUUCUAAGGAUCUCCAAGAUAUUUCCUCCAUUUGUAUAUGUUGCACCUUUGACUUAAAUGGAGCAAAAAAAAAAAAAACUUUUAAAAAAACCUUUCUGGACAAGGGUUUUACUAAUAGAAGACACCAAGAUACAGGACAAUGUUCUUUUGAAGGACUGAUGCAUCUCAUGGAAGGCUGUCUCUUGGAAGCAACAGGACAGGAAGCACAUAUACCUAUCAAAGCUUGUAUACUUUGAAGUCAAGAUGGGAAAGUUGAUAGAACAUUCGCUUUGGAAACAAAUCCUUACACUAGACAACUAAUCAGUCUAAUUUAUUUACACCAUUGUUAUAAUAGUAAUUACGUCAUGAAAGUGGUCGCUAGUGGUCGUGUUUUUUCAUGAAAUCCUUCAGUAUUAUGACAGAAAUAUGCUUCCAAAUGUGCUUCCUCUCGAUAUAACUGUGAUUUGAUGUGUGUCACUUUCCAAUGAAAUCAUGACUGAGCUCUUUUUAUUCUGCGCUUCCCUUUGUCCAUUUCAUCAGUCUGAGCACUCCUUAGAUUCUUCCCACAUGUAGUACAUGUCAAAGUGAAAGAUGGUCCUGCUUUAGAACCGAUGCUGAAGGGUGUACGCGUAUGUUUGAGUGUGUGUCUGUUGCUGUGUAAAUGGGAGGCAAAUUCUAUGCACUACAGAUUUGGGAGGUGAGAGGCUUUUUUUAUGGCCACUUCAUGCUGAGAGAAGGACUUUUUAUGGCUGCAGGAUAUUGUUUCCUUCAAGUAUGAGUUUUAUUACUGGAAAGAAGCAUCAAGAGAACAGAGAGUGUGUGU